GUGAAAAUCUCCACAAGUGAAAAGACAAAAAAAUUCCCGGCCGUAAAAUUUAUACAGAAACAAUACGACAAACAAUUAAAAUAAACAAUUAAAAUAAACAUAUUAAAAAGCAUAUAAAUUCGGUUUUUUCCGGUGAAAUACUUUGAGACAAAUCGACAAACUCAGCGAGCUGCAGAUUUUAUUAAAGAAGAGGAGCCAUAAAGAAGAACCAUAAAGAGGAGCUAUAAAGAGGAACCAGAAAGAAGAGCCAUAAAGAAGAACACUAACGUCGCAAAGAAGGAAGAACGCAAAAAAGAGGCAAAGAAGGACUAGCAAAGAAAAGGAAUUGUACCAAAGGACCCGCCAAAACCAAAGUCAGGGUAUUUAUACCACAAAAAGUAUCGUUCCUUUACAUAUAGUCAGCAGAUAUUAUGGCCCAAGUAAUUCUCUCUGACGACUCUUCAAAUGACGAGGUGCUCUCUCUUUUCUCGAGCCCAGAAAGACAAAAUACCCCUUUCUACCUGGAAAUCUCGCCCAUGUCCCAUAAUUCUAACAACUCUCAGUUUAAUAUCAGUAUAAUAAACAUGAAAAAAUCGUAUUCCAACUCUGCAAUUAACAGUCUAAAAAACCCUUCCGAGGCUGCUAUAAAAAUUAUAAAUUCACUUACAUAUAAGGGGAAAGAGAAUAGAGAAAACAAAAAUGCCCAAAAAGACCCGCUCUUCCUCACUAAUACUAAUAAAGAAACAGCUGGCGCCAAAAGUAGCGUCUCAAAUGGGCCAGUGGUUUCCCCUCUUUCUAUCACACAUACAAAUAGGGGGAAAAAAUUGACAACAGCUCACAACACCAAUGCAGCUGAAACUACUAAUACCAACACGGAUGACAAAAAGAGCGGCGCUCUUAGAAAUUUCCCUUUCCCCACACAUGAAGACAACAGCAUGGAGAGAAACCUCAGCACAUCUACAAAAAUUGGCUCUAAAAGCAUUUCCCCUCACUCUCUCUCACCUACACACACAAGCAAGGUUAUUAACAUAAGUACAAACAGCCGCUCAAAAAGUCCCGCGCUUGCAAAUGCUGACACACUACAUAAACUAGCCAAUAUAUAUGACAAUAGCAGGGACCACAACCAAGGUGAAACACAACAUAAAUUUAUAACUCGCAAUACUUUUUUCCAAAACUUGUAUCCUAAACCUGACAUUUCCAAACUAAGUUUAAAAAAGAAAUCCACCAUUCUCGCGGAAACUACAAAAAAGAAAAGCAUCUCCCCCCAACUGAAAGGCGCUUCUUUGUGUUCCCCUGUUCAGGCUAAAUUAAAUCUCAAAGUCACCACUACACACUCUAUGGGUAACACAUCUGCAUCCAGAACCCUCAACCGGCCUGCAGCCAAGCGGGACCUUUUUAAUUCACCCCCCAAUAGCACGGGCGCACUGCCUAUGAGUUUUUCGGAAGUGGUUGCCGGAACCGGUCCAGGACUAGUGGCAUCCUCUGAUCCGGUACCAAUUACGAAAACCCCGGGCAAGCGCCCAAAUACCAACAUGGACACGGACAGUUUAUGCUAUAAAACGCCUAAUAAAAAAGCAUGUGUGCCCACCAUCUUUGCGACCCCAAACCCCUUCCCCCCCCUUGCUACCCCCAUCUUUAAAAGUAAGGCGGCCAAAAGUAUUGUUGAGGAAAUAAAAGCCCCCCGCUACCCAGUCGAGAGUGAAAAGGCCACUGCACGCAGCGCACUGGCGCAAACUGAAAUUGCCCCCCCUCCCCCUAAAAAUUCGGCUACCGAACUGCCCCCUUGGCAAAUAGUGCCACAGAGCCGCAGGGCCCCCCCUAUUCAUAUAGAAAAUGUUAGGGAAAUCGUGCCACUUUUGGAAAAGCUAAAUUACUCAGCAGGGGUAGAUAGUUUUACAACAAAAACAUCUAUAGGAAACGGGGUAACUAUCCAGGCGAAAGACUUGACUGCACAUAGAACAAUUAAAGACAUACUAGCUAAAAGUGGUAUCCCAUUCUAUUCAAACCAGAAUAAAACUGAAAGGGGUUUCAGAGUUGUCAUUCGCCACCUGCACCCCACUACCCCUUGCUCGUGGAUCACUAGCGAGCUGCAGAAGCUCGGCCACCAGACUAAGUUCACAAGGAACAUGACAAACCCUGCAACUGGUGGCCCGAUGCGGAUGCAUGAGGUAGAAAUCGCCUCGGCCAUGGACGGAAGCCACCUUCGGAUCCUCUCCAUUAAACAACUAGGCGGACAAAAAGUGGAAAUAGAAAGGAAAAACAGGACGAGGGAACCGGUCCAGUGUUUCAGGUGCCAGGGCUUCAGGCAUGCUAGGAACACAUGCAUGAAGCCCCCAAGGUGCAUGAAGUGCGCUGGCCAGCAUUGGUCUAGUGAGUGCACCAAGCCCAGAUCAACCCCCGCCACCUGCUCAAACUGCCAAGGAAACCACAUCAGCGCAUACAAGGGGUGCCCUGCCUAUAAGGCAGAAAAGCGAAAACUAGCAGUAAACAGGAUAGAUUUUCAUAAAAUUAGGGCAACGAUGGACGCUAAAACGAACAAUUACGAACGACAGCCCCCCCUCCCCUUCAACAAAACCCCCCGACUACCAUAUAGCACCAAAGCAGCCGAAGCCCGAAAGGAAGCCGCCAGGAAAUUUGAAAUGAAUCCUUUCCGGCAAAAUAUUAAGGAUGUCAGACCAUAUCAUAUACGACCUACAACACACGAUGCCGCCAUUCAAAAACGGCUGAAUAAAUGGCGCCGAAAUGCGGACAAGGGACCCACAAAAAAUAGGAUAAGCUCUAAGGACAAUUCCAAGCCGCGACCCCCAAAGACCCCAAGAAACCCGGCACAAAGACACCUCGAGGCCUUCAACGACAAGCUACGCAAGGAAAGGAGUGAUACCAAAGACCAAGCCCGCGAUGGAAUGACGACAAGCUCCAGGAGGGGUGAUGAUGGCAGCCCGCCAACAACAAGCAGAGCUGCCAGACUAAACUUCAGACCAAGAACGAUAAAGGAAGCCACCGUCGAGCCUGAGGCCGGGCAAAAGCACUCGCAAAGAGGACCUCCUGAUGACCUGAACCUUGCGCAACGCGUACUGGCAAUGGAGAAGAAAAUUGACGCAUUAACGGAACUCCUAUUCAAAAGCCUCGGAACCAACAAAAAUCUGACCACAGUACAUCCCAUGUCCUCCUAA